AUGACAAGAAAACAGCGGGUGGCGCCGUCUAGUGCAAGUGCAGUGAGGUGCAGUGGUGUGUGCGAGCGAGCGUGGGUCGGUACGGCCACGGAGAGCGAGGUGCGCGGAGGUGGCGGCGGCCGCUCGGCCAUGACCGGCGACAUGCCUCUGGGGAGCGCGCACGCGUUCGGGCGCGCUCUGCUCCGGGACGGCGCCCUGCCACCGCUGGAGCCCGGCCCGCCCGCGGCCGCGCCGCCCGCCCCGCCGGCCGCCGCCGCCAGCCCCGAGCAAGUCAUGAAGCUCUACAUGAACAAGCUCACGCCUUACGAACACCGCGAGAUAUUCGAUUAUCCACAAGUGUAUUUCAUAGGCGCGAACGCAAAGAAACGGCCCGGCCUCGUCGGCUUUCCGAAUAAUUGCGAAUACGACAACGAACAGGGUUCUUAUAUCCACAUACCGCACGACCACAUAGCUUAUCGGUACGAGGUGCUCAAAGUUAUAGGCAAAGGUAGCUUCGGUCAGGUAGUUAAAGCGUACGAUCAUAAGAAGCGGGAAAAUGUUGCAUUAAAAAUGGUGAGAAAUGAGAAGAGGUUCCACCGACAGGCUCAAGAGGAGAUUCGUAUACUCGAGCACCUCAGGGAGCAAGACAAGGAUAACACGAUGAAUGUUAUUCACAUGUUCGACUCAUUUACAUUCAGAAAUCACACGUGUAUCACGUUUGAAUUGCUCUCAAUAAAUCUGUAUGAGUUGAUUAAGAAGAACAAGUUUCAAGGGUUUUCGCUGCAACUUGUUCGAAAGUUUUCGCACAGCUUGCUUCAAUGCCUGCACGCGCUCAACAAGAAUCGCAUCAUUCACUGUGACAUGAAGCCGGAGAACGUGCUCCUCAAGCAACAGGGACGCUCUGGAAUUAAGGGCAGAACUUCUAAAGAAAUACAAUUACAAUGGGCAAAAUUUACAGAUAUCGCUGAAGCCAGUAAGAUUGCAAAUUUAAAACGCUGUCCUGCUUUACUUGCAUGA